AUUCUCCCUCACUUGUGACUUCAAUUUUUCCUUUCAACUUUCCAAUCCUUUGCUUGAGGAACUCCUGUUGGUUCAUCAUCUUCUUUGCUUGUUCCAUCUCAGACAAGUUCUUGAAUCUAGUGAGCAUCUGAAGGAGAUGGUGGCCAAAUGUCUGGAUUUGGAUCACAAGGACCGUAGAUGAUGGCCACCGCAUUCACCCCACAUAGGGUGCUCAGUUCACUCACCUUCAGUACCCCCUUCUUUCUUUCCCGAAGGUGGUUCUCCUUGUUGCCUCAUCAGCGAACAAUUCGACAUAUAUAGCGUUACUCCGGUGCAACUACCGACAGAUAGGGCAAGGGAGAUCUCGCCCUCGUUGCCUCUGCAAUCGUCGGCCGCCGCUGCAAUGGCCAUCCCACCAAGAAGAAUUCUCAGGAAGAAGAAAGGUUUCAGGGCAAAAGCAGGGGCAUAGCCGCAUCUCUCUCUCUUCUGUUCAUCUGUUUUAAGUUUUAAAAAUUAUUUUUUUCAAUAGAUCGGGUCGGAUUGGCUGAUCCGGAUCGGUAUCCGAUACCCGUCUCAAGAUUGUCAGGUAUGGGGAAAUUGAUACCGAUCCGAUACGGCAGAUACUGCCGAUCGGAUACCGAUACGGCAGAUCCUGCCGAUCGGAUACCGAUACUUGAUUCUAUGGCUGGAAUUGUUGCUGGCGUUGCCGGCGUAGAUGAGUAGGAGUUGCGAAUUAGACAACGGGUUUCGACUGUAGCGUAUGUACAGAGAUCUUCAUCUUCCCUCCAAUAUCGUCAUCACUCAUAUCAAAAUUGCCAUGUGUCAAUAAUCUAAUCCGUGCUACAGAUCUUUAGCACAAAUGUGUGAUACAGACCAGCCGGAUCCAUCAAAGUGUUAACCAGCUUUUCUUUGUUUUUUUUUCUUAACCCUUCUUUUCAGACUGCGAUAGAGCCAACAUCUAAUCACAAGCAUGGGAUUCCAAGGCUAUAAUUGAGUGCACUGCUGAUGUGGUUACCAAAAAAUAGUACAAAUUUUUUUUUUAAAUAAAAAGUAGUACAAUUAUGACACUACGACCUCUCUCUCUCUCUCUCUCUCUAUCUCUCUAUCUCUCGUAGCGGAAUGCAAAGCUGGCCCCGCCCACGGGAUCGAUGAGCAGGGAUUUUAUUACAAUCCCAUAUCGGCAUGGCUUGGCAUGACAGUCUGACAGAUACUCGGACUGGUCUAUGGAGAAUGUUAAUAUUUUAUCCCUUACGGGAGAAGGUAUGGAAGCAAGUAGCAAUCACAUAAUUGUAUCCUUUCUUGUGUCAGUAUUGCUUGAUAAAUUAUCCUCAGAAGCAUUAAGAGACUUUGGAUCUGUAUGGUGCGUGGAAAGUGAGCUACGUGCGCUCUCGGAUGUUCUUCAGUAUAUUCAAGAACUGCUCGAGUUUGCAGAGCAAGCUCAAGCAAAGAAUAUCUUGGUGAAACGCUGCCUUAGGAAUCUCAGAGAUGUUUGUUACAGAGCUCAGGACAUAUUAGAUGAGUUCAUCUAUGAAGCUCUUGAGGAAAAAGAUGAGAGAUAUGGAGGUAAAAAGUUACCCUUCUUUUCCUUUAACUUAUAUACUGAAGGAAUCUUACGUAAACAUGAAAUUCUACCUUUUAUAAAUAAUGAACUCAUAAAGAAACUAGUGGAGAUUGAGAAGGAACUUAAAGAUCACUAUCUCAGAGACUCAGGAAUUCAGAAAUCACAUGGUGUAAAUGAUGAAAUAGAUACUAGGCCAAAGAGUGGUUCUCUAUUUGAUGAGUCUAUUACUUUGGGGAGAAAGAAAGAACAAGAUGAAAUUAAAAAAAGGUUGUUGUCAAAUCCAGAUGAUGAAAAACAAAAACAGGUUUCUGUUGUUGCUAUUGUUGGAUUAGGGGGUGUAGGCAAGACAACUCUGGCCCAGCUUGUCUAUAAUGAUCCUGAUGUGGAGAAACAUUUUGAAAGAAGAGCUUGGAUUUGUGAGUCUACUGAUUUUAAUGUUGUGAGAUUGACCUAUGCAAUUCUAGAGUCCUUAAUUGGGACAAGUCCUAAGUUGAGCAACCUAGAACCACUUCAACGUAAGUUGAGAGAGGAAUUAAGGGGGAAGCGAUUUUUAAUCGUCUUGGAUGAUGUUUGGAGUGAGAAGGAAAACGAUUGGAAAGCUUUGAGAAUUGCAUUCAUGGCAGCAGGGGAAGGAAGUAGAAUAAUAGUAACGACUCGAAGUAGGAGAGUUUCUUCAAUAAUGCACCCCAUGUAUACCCAUGAUCUACAAAUUUUAUCUGAUGAAGAGUGUUGGUCUAUAAUGGAAAGGCGCAUAUCUAUGGAUUAUGGCUCUAUUGCUCCUAACUUGGAAGAAUUGGGUAGGAAAAUUGCAAAGAAGUGCAAAGGAUUGCCCUUGGCAGCAAGUACGCUUGCAGGCCUUUUAUGCUCUAGUUCAGAUUUAAACCAUUGGCUAACAGUCUUGAAUACUUCCAUGUGGGACUUAAAAGAGAGCAAUUUUCCUGCUGCUCUAAGUCUAAGCUACUAUUUUCUUCCCAGAUAUUUGAAGCAGUUUUUUGCUUAUUGUUCUGUAUUUCCUAAAGGAUAUAUAUUUGAUAAGCAAUGGCUGAUCCAACUGUGGAUCGCAGAAGGAUUUAUUAGAACAAACACUAAGAAAAUGGAAGGCAUAGGUAGCCAAUAUUUUGAUGAUUUGCUGCAUAGGUCUUUCUUUCAGCACAGCAACGAAGAAAAGGAAAAUGUUAGAUUUGUAAUGCAUGACCUUGUACAUGAUUUAGCAGAAGCAGUUUCAGGAGAGGUGCAUGGUAGAUUUGAAUAUGGGGAAUCCUGCCAUAGCUCUUCUAAAGAGACCCGUUAUGUGUCCAUUUGUUGUGUGAAACACAUGUUUGAUCAGGACAAAUAUUAUGGUGACAAGAGGUUAUCGACAUUGAUCAUCCUAAAUCAAGGAUAUUUCUGUGGGACUAUUGAAUCCUUUGGAGGACUGAGGUACCUACGUGUCUUAGAUUUGUGUGGUUCUCAUAUUUCUAUGCUUCCCAGUGAUAUUGGCAAUUUGAAAUACCUACACUAUAUUAACCUCUCUAAUGCCGAAUACAUUAAACAAUUACCUGAGUCAUUGUGUAAUCUUCACAAUCUACAGUCACUGAUACUCUGUGAUUCCGGAAUACAUAAGUUACCUAGAGGCAUGAAGUAUCUACGCAAUCUCCAACAUCUAGACCUUAAUAGGUGCCAUUACUUAUGUUCGAUGCCACAAGGAAUUGGGAGAUUAACUGGUCUCAAGACAUUGCCGUAUUUUCUUGUCUCAAAAGAUGAUGAUGGUUGUGGACUAAAAGAGCUCAAGGAGCUAUCGCAGCUUGAGGGUGCGCUUUCCAUCCACUUCCCAGAGAGUGCAAUCGAUCCUCUAGAUGCUCUGGAAGCUCAUUUGGUUAAUAAACCAAAAGUUGAUGAGUUGGAGUUGACAUGGCCGUGGAAUUGGCUAUUGCAUAACAGUAGUUAUACAGAUGUUGAGAUUCUUGAAGGUUUGCGACCUCACACUUUGUUGAAGAGUUUACAUAUCAACUAUUACGGUGGUUUAACAUUUCCAAGCUGGUUGAUGAAAGACUUGCCAAGCUACAACAAGCUACUCUCUCUCACACUCAACUGCUGCACUUGCCGAGUCCUUCCGCCAAUUGGGGAGCUACCCCUACUAGAAUCUCUACGCAUAUAUGGAAUGAUGGAGUUGGAGGAGUGGUCUAGCAUCUCUAGAGGGGAGGAAAAUAAAUUCCCUUGCCUCCUAAGGCUAACCAUUGAAAGGUGUUAUGCAUUGAGGAUACUACCAAAGCAUCUUCUAUCAAGCCCUAGACUAUAUGAUCUGAGUAUUGACGAUUGUCCCGAGCUUAGGAUGUUGCCUCAUCAAGGACUCAGCAAACUCACCUCUCUCAAAAAUCUUCAUCUUGGGAAGAUGAUGGAAGGUUUAGUGCUGUCUCUGGAUGACAUUGAGACUUUACCUCCAAAUCUUAAUCGUCUUUAUAUCCAUAACUGUAAAACACUACCCAAGGGGUUGAGAAACUUGUCUUCACUCCAACAUCUGAAAUUUGGUCAAUCUUCUGAAGUCCACUAUGGCCCCGAGGAGCUCCCCGCUCAUGUCAACAUAACUAGGGAUUGAUGAUGCCUGCGUAAAAUGUCUGCUCAUACGAUGCAGGAAUUGGGUUUGAGGUCAAGAUUUUUAGUUGAGACUGCAUUCAUUGGGACAAGACUGGGUUCUCUCUCUCUCUCUCUCUCUCCCUAUUUGAUUUUCUCCUAUGUGAAGUGAUAUUAGGAAUUUAUAGUUUCCGAACUAAGAAGGCUGAUUGAAGAUUUUAUUCAAUUGUUAAAGACAUUGAUUUGGUUUCAUUUCAAUCUUCUGAGUCUCUUUGAUUUUGCAAAUAAAACAAUAAAAAUUAAGGACCAGAGAGAAGAUGCAUUUGGUUUUAUUUAGUCUUGUUUAUUGUAUAUUAUCAUCUUACUUUGGUAAUUUUCAAGACCAAAUGAUUUCAAUCCAAUGGUAUUUGAAUUA